UGCGCCGUAACCAUGGCUCCCGUCUGCCGAGCCCUCGGCCUGGAGCGGUUGCCAUGACUCCCGCUAAGCCAGUCGGCCGCAGCAGUUUGGAGUCAUCGAUCGUCCUCCCGGGAGUCUCUAUUGGACUUGGGCGAGGGGGGCUUUCCAGCCUUUCUGCCGAGCCAGACCCACUCACAGCCUCGACAGCUCGGAGAGAAAGCCGCCUUCUCUUAUCUCUUCCUCUUUCUUUCCCUGUCUUCCAUCCCUUCUCCCUACCCCUUUCCCCACACCCCCAUUAUCCUGAGUGAGUGAGGAGAGGCCUUCCAGGCUUCUGGGGGGGGGUAGGGGUUUGCGCGCGCUCGUGCCUCGAGCCCGCGCAUGCUCGAACUACGAGCCCUCCCGACCUGCUCAGUAUAGGGUUUUAACUCGGUCUGGGCUUGCUUAGGGAACCGGGACCUCUCUUGGUAACACCCCGCGGAGAUGGGUGGCUGAAGCCGAGGAAGGAGAGGUUCUUUGGGGUCCUAGUUUCUUGUGCCACUGCUGGAUGGCAAGCAAGAGACCCGUGGCCACUUUGUGCCAUUGGCCCUAGAAGCCACCUAGCCUGCAUUUUCCGGGCCUUGAAUUUGCCCCUACAAAAUUGUUUAAUUUUGAUAUCUUUUGUCUUUAUUCAUUUCCUUAAUCUAACCUUCUGCCAGCUCCCCACUCCCUACUUUUUUCCCUUUUUCUCCCUGUUGAACCUUCCUGGAUCAGUUUCCCUAUCUGUAAAAUGAAAGACUUAGACUAGCUGGAUUCUGAGGCCCCUUCCAGCAGUAGAUCUAGAUUAUUCUGCAAUCUUGUGACUUCUUUUCCGGCCUUAUUAUCCGUCUUAUUGCCUUUUUUUUUUACCUCUUCAGACCAUAGUUCACUUUCAAUGAUCAUUAAUAGAGCUCCAACCCCUAAAACUCAUAGACUGUCUCAUUCGGCUUUCCUGCUGCCAUGUUGUGGGUAGCCAGUUAUUUCCCAUUUCAUAUCCCCAGGAUUAUUUGGAACAGUCUCUCUAUUACUCUGCACUAUAACGGUGAUGCUGUGUUGGGUAAACUAGAAACUAAAAUGGAGAAGUCCAUGUUGAGAUUAACACUACUUUCAUUGAACCAAGAGAAACUAGUGGAAGGAAUAUCAGAAAAUGUAUCCCUCUGGGGCAGGAGAGCUCUGAUAAAUAUAGGCCUGGUCUUUCUUAGUAGGAGUGGAAAAUGUUCGGUUAGAAGACAUACUUCAUUAUCUUGAGAGAGAAGGAAUUGAUUCCCUUGCUACUACAGAAGAACAGCUUUGUUAUGUCUGGUGUUUAUUCCAACAUAGUGAGGAUAGGCUGAGAACUGCUUCUAGAGACUUGGAAGAACUUAGAGUAAAACACACAGAAGAAAUGAAAGAAGUGGAAAAUUAUGUGAAUCAUGUCCGUCAUUUAACAGAAGAAAGAGAAGCCUUAAAUCAUGAUUUUGAAAAAGAAAGUGAGCAACUUCAACUUGAAUUUAAAGAACUGCAGCUCCAACAGGAAGUCCAGCUAAAGGAGAUUGAAGAAAUGUUGGAUCAGGAGGGCUUAUCAGAAAUCGCUCAGAGCAGUCCUAGUGAACAGAUUGCUUAUUUAUUGGUAGAAAGAACAACCCUUUUGGAGAAGCUGGAACUGGCUGACCCCAAGUUAAAUUCAUAUAACUCUGCGGGCAGUGGCCUUCAGGAAAUCCAUCUUAAGACAUUACAAGAUGACCUUCAAAAACAACAGGAAUAUUUGCGAUGGCCAAAAGAAAUUCCAAAUAAGCCCCCUAAUGUAGAACCGGAAAAAGAGAAAACAGUACGAGGGAAACUAGAGAUGAUUGUGGAAGAAGAAGCAGCUAGAAGGUUACAGGAGAUGCAUGAAGAGAUCUGUGGACUCACUGAUGGACUAGACAUGAAGGGAAAAGAACACAAACUCGAGCUUACCUUGGAAUCAGCCCAGUUAGAAAUUGAGGAGCUAAAAGAAAAUUUGAAUAAAAUUAAAGAAAAUGAGUCAACCGACCUUCAAGAAACAAAGCAACACAAUCAUAGACUGGACAGAGAAAUUCUGGCAUUAAGAAAUCGUGUCCCUUCACUUGACUUGGAGAGAAAAAUGUGUGGGGAACUGGAUAAAAAGAAAGAAAUUAUGCCCGAAGACAAUUAUGAAACAGAAAGAAAUAAAAAAAGCGAUGAGACAUUCCAUAAAAGAUGUAAAAAGAUGAUUGAAGACCAAAAGUGCAAGCAUACAGACCUUCUCCACAAGUUCCAGAAGUUUGAGCAUGAACAUGAAUAUUUAGUGGAACGGAAUGAAGAAUUAGAACUUUUUCUGGGAGAGAUUCAAAAUCAAACCAAGGAAGAGAGAAAACAUUUCGAAUAUCAUAUUGAAAAACUACAAAGAAAAAUCUCCAGCUUAGAAACUGAGUUAUCUAAGAUACAAGAAAGCAAACAAGAAACCGUUAUGAAAAGUCAAGAAACUGUUACAAAAGCAGAAGAUUUACAAGAGGUACUGAUAAUGAACCAAGAAGAAAUUGAAAUACUCAAAAGUAAAUUAUCAGAAGAAAAAGCAUGGAGAAAACAAUUGGCAUCUGAUCUGAAAAAGGCACAGAAGGUUUUGCAGGCUGAAAGUCAGGAAUUAGAAAGAUCAAAGUCAGAGCUUUUAUAUCUUUUUAAUGAAAUUCAAAGUCUUCAAGGGGAAAGAGAAGAGAGACAGUUUUUCUUAACAGCAUAUGAAAUACUCCAUAAAGAAAAUGCUUUUUUAGAAACAAAGGUCUUCAAGCUUUCACAACAAUGUGAAUACUUAAAUCAGUUAGCUAUGGGGGUAAAACCUGCAGAUGUUAAUGCAGAGGCAAGACCAGAAGUGUCUAAAGAUCAUUCAUUUGAAGAACCAAGUCAGAGCCUGAGGGGAGAAAGACAGCAACCAUGUCCUGAAUUAGCAGAAAGUAGCAGCCAGAUGGACAUGCUAAAGGAACCAAUGAAGGGGGGCACUUAUCCAAAAGAGAUGGAAAGGGAAGAACAUCCUCAACAGGAACAAGAUGUAAAUACUGAGAGGCAGCAAUUUAAUAGCAAGUCUGAGGAGUCAAAGCUUAGAGAAGAGUUGAACCAGCUGAGUAAACAAUUUCUCCAUUCUCCCAGUUCUGGAGAUAGUUCAGAUGACAGUAGCAAACAGAAUUCAACAGAGAAAAGACUAAGAUACGAACAACAAGAAGAAGAGCUGAAGAAACUUCGACAGAAUUUGCAAAGAGUUCAGAAUCUGUGCAGCUCAGCUGAAAGAGAACUUCAGUUUGAACGGUCAAAAAGCUUUGAUUUAAAGCAGCAGAAUAACUUACUUCAGGAAGAGAAUGUUAAGGUCAGAGCUGAAUUGAAGCAAGCCCAGAAAAAACUUCUGGACAGCACAAAUUUGUGUUCUUCUGUCACAGAAAACUGGGAGAAUAGUCAACAGAAAGUAAAAGAGCUUGAACAAGAAGUUCUUAAACAAUCUAAGAAUAUUCAAUCACAAAACAAUUUAUAUGAAAAGCUUGCUCAUGAGAAAACAAGAGUAGCUUAUUCAGAGAAAAAGGUCUUGGAACUCCAGACAAAAUUAGAAUCUGCAAAUAAGACUUGUACAGAAGCCUGUAUUUUAAAUAAAAAGCAGCUUGAAGAAGAGUUAAAAGAAGCAAAAAAAAGUGAGGCCAAAAUAAAAAUGCAGUAUCAGGAGGAACAACAGAAGAGCAAACAACUAAAUCAAAAUAUAGAGGAACUCCAACAACACAUAGAAUACUUACAUGCAAAAGAGGCUCUUCUGGAACAAUCUAGUUGUAAGCAGCAGUUUAAGAUUCAACAACAAGAGGCUCAACUUCAAAUAUUAGAAGAUGAAAAGAAAAUAUCUGAAGAGCAAAUUAAGAACAAUCAGGAACUGUCAGAGAAGCUGUCUGCAUUACAACAAGAGAAGGACACUUUAAGAGAUGAAUAUAGGCAUUUUUUGAACCAGCUGGAUCUCCAAAUGAGAAAUUAUAAUGAGAAACACCACCAUCAUAAAGCUAAGCUUCGUAAAGCUAAGGAACGUUUAACAAAUGAAGUGGAACAACGAGAUGGGAGGAUUAAACAACUUGAAAAUGAAAUUGAGGGAAUGCAGAAACUAAUGGAAAAGGAGAAGGCAUUCCAGGAUCAAGUUACCACACAGAAUGAAAAUCUACUCCUUGAAAAGAGGCAACUUUUAGAGAAAUUAACAGACCAAGAUGAAACUAUACAAGGCAAUAAAUGGAUGAUCUCUUCAGUUCAGAAUAGAGUGAUUUUCCUGGAUGAAGAAAACAAGCUACUGCAGGAAAAUAGUCUUCGGCUUACCCAGCAGGUUGGCUUUCUAGAGCGAAUCCUUAGAAGUAUCCAGAUUCGGAGAGGAGAAGAGACGACAAUAAGUGAGAUGUCUGAAAAUGAGCUACUGAAUAAGAAGCUGGCUUUUCUAAACCCAAGUUUUUCAGCUAUAGAUAUGGCAAAAUCAGAUGAAAAUUUUAAAGUAGCUGAAGAACAGAAAUCACAAGAACUAAUUGGGAGCCCCAAGUCUUCUCCGUCUUUUUCACAUUUACAACCUCCUGAAGCAGACAUGGCUCCGUUAGUAAGUGAACCGAGCAAUGAUGUCCAAGAUCCGAAUCAGAAGAAUGGACCUGAUGACAUCUAACAGGGGCACAGGGAAAACUCUAGAAGGAAACCUGGAAGAAGAGAAGGAGGAGGAAUUAGAGGAGGAAAAGGAGGAGGAGGAAGAAUUGGAAGAGGAGGAGGUGGAGGAAGAUGAGGAGGAAGUGGAGAAGUUGGGGGAAGAGGAGGAGGGAGAGGGGAAGGAAGAGGAACAAAAGCAUCAGGCACCUCAGGACACCAACCUGAAUUGCUAGAUUGCUGAUAAAGCCAUUAAACCAUUUAGCAAAUCAA